AUGACUUUGAUUCACUGUCUUCCGAAAAGCCAGUCAGCCAUUGUGCAGGGUGAAACCGGCCAGUUGCAGCUUUUACACAAUGCAGCCAUCCCCGAGCUGAGGUCGCAUACAGUUCUCGUCAAAGUCGCGGCAGUUGCGUUGAACCCUUACGACUACAAGCUACCGCUCUAUUUCCCUUCUCCGGGAACCACUGGAGGCAGUGAUUUUGCAGGCACGAUUGUAGCAAUGAGUCCAGAGGCUACUGAAGAACGCUCAGAUCUCUCACUGGGCGACUUGGUCAGUGGCUGUGUGUACGGAUGGAAUCCUGAGACACCAGAGAAUGGCUCGUUUGCGCAGUAUGUGCGAGCUGAUGCCCAGCUAGUCUUCAAAGUUGGCUCCUACAAGCUCGAAGAUGCCGCUACCUUUGGUGCGGCAUUCGCUACAUUGUCAUUGGCCUUGUGGCAUUCCGACUUUCUUGGGUUGACUCAUUCGCCAACCGACCCGUUACGCAAUGCGCCAUCGCAGCCGAUAUACGUGUUUAUAUAUGGGGGAAGUACUGCUACAGGGACCAUGGCACUGCAGUUGCUCAAGUUGUACCUGACACAGCCUGAAUGCCUUAGGUCUGGUUACUGCACUUUAGCGGCAUGCUCCCCACGAUCGUUCGCGUUGGUGAAAUCCUACGGAGCAGAUCAUGUUUUUGAUUACUCCAACCCCGACACCCCCUCAGCAAUUCGCAAGCUGACAGGAGGCGCGCUGAGUCUUGUGCUUGACUGUAUCUCAGAUCACCACUCUGUUGCUGUAUGCCAUGCAUCUACUGGUCGACUAGGUGGGCGGCUGAUUACUCUCGAGCUGCCGCCUGAGCCACGUCCAGGCGAGAAGAGACGGAAGGCAGUCAAGCAUUUCUUCGUAGACGGUGCGUCAGAUGCUCACCAGUCCCAGCAUUGA